AUGGCUCCGCGGUUGUGCAUCAUCUCUGCAGCGGCACGGCGGCUGCUCAUGAAGCCGGGACCCCGUGCUGGGGACCUCGCGGCUGCGGGUGCUGUGCGCUCCUAUUCCAAGGACAGUGAAGGCAGCUGGUUCCGCUCCCUCUUUGUUCACAAGGUGGAUCCUCGGAAGGACGCGCACUCCACUCUGCUGUCUAAGAAGGAGACUAGUAAUCUCUACAAGAUCCAGUUUCACAACGUGAAGCCCGAAUGUCUGGAUACCUACAACAGUCUGACGGAGGCUGUACUGCCCAAGCUGCACCUGGAUGAGGACUACCCCUGCUCACUUGUGGGCAACUGGAACACGUGGUACGGGGAGCAGGACCAGGCAGUACACCUAUGGCGGUUCUCAGGUGGCUAUCCGGCCCUCAUGGACUGCAUGAACAAGCUAAAAACCAACAAGGAGUACCUGGAGUUCCGGAAGGAGCGGAGCAAGAUGCUGCUGUCAAGGAGAAACAAGUUGCUUCUGGAGUUCAGCUUCUGGAAUGAGCCACAGCCUCGAGCUGGCCCCAACAUCUAUGAGCUGAGGACAUACAAGCUCAAGCCGGGAACCAUGAUUGAAUGGGGAAACAACUGGGCUCGUGCCAUCAAGUACCGUCAGGAGAACCAGGAGGCGGUGGGAGGCUUCUUUUCACAAAUAGGAGAGCUCUAUGUGGUCCACCACUUAUGGGCCUACAAAGAUCUGCAGUCUCGGGAGGAGACUCGAAAUGCAGCCUGGAGAAAAAGGGGCUGGGAUGAAAAUGUCUACUACACAGUCCCCUUGGUUCGACACAUGGAGUCACGAAUCAUGAUCCCUUUGAAGAUUUCUCCUCUCCAGUGAGGCUGGCACUGCCUCCACCUCCUUCCCUGUCUCCUGUGGAGUAACCUGGAACAGAGGAGCUUCUAGGCCAGCUGGCACAGUUUUCUCACAACUCUGGAAGACUUCUGAUGAGUGAUGUUCAGCUUAGACAAAGAAGACGUUUUCUGAGAACCUAAUCUGUCUAUACCCAGCCAACCUCUCUCCCAUGCUGGAUGAAGUUUUUAAUUUCCCUAACUGCAGAAUAGCAACCUUUUAAGCAUUCAUGCAUUUUUCUCUUAAGAUUCAUCAUCUCCAGAACAUCAAGUUCCCAGCUCACACUGUGGCCAUGGCUUAGUUGCAUAAAAGCCAGCAUGACUAGCUGUUAGGCAGUAUAGUGUGAAAGGAUAUCAGACCACGUAUGGUCUCAGGAACUCUCUGGUGUUUACUUGUUAAAAAAGCAAGCCUGAGCCUUUAAGGAAAAAAAAAA